AGAGUCUGCGAGAACAGUCCCGUCUGAAUGAAGGUUACAGACAGAGCAGGAGGAAGCAAACACCUCCUGACUGACAGAGUGAUCUGUGAAGAACAAACAAUCCUAACGCCAGGGCUCGUGUUUGGAGGUUUCUCCGGACAACCAGACCUUGGCGAACAGGAGUUUCUGCUUUGACCUACAGAAGGUGUGAGGAAGAACAGACCUGGAGAUAAGCAAACAACGGUUACUAGGAGAAGGUGAAUGUCUUGUGUCAGAAAGAGUGCCAUCAGCAAACUGUGCACCAAAAAAUUGAUUAUCUACGGCUUCCGCAUAUUGUCUGAUGAGAUCAGUAGUGGCGAAUCUGAGCAGCCUUGUUCACCAUAUGAUUUUGAUUCAUCCUUUUUGUCACCUUGACAAAAUUUGCACUCAAUAAUACAUCAAUAAUUACUGUUAGUACUCAGUGUUCUUGUAGAUCCCGUCAACAUCUACCAGAACAUCUACUAAAACAACUUCCACCAGAGCAACAUCUACCAGAGUGUGAAAUGCUAAGAUCAUCCAGGACGAAGUUUGUGCUUCUCUUUUAAUUCUACCAAAGUCUCUCAUCUAAGCUGCCAAGACAACUGGAGCAAGGAAUCUCCUUUAAGAGUCACUCAGCGCUAACAAGACAGACGCAGAGAGGGAGUAAAAAAAAAAGAGAACAGGGAGGGUGGGUGGAGAGCUGGAGAAUUGGCGCUCAAGUGUGAGCGAGAGAGAGCACGCAGAACACAGCAAGCGAGUGUCUCCUCUAACCAUUGGCACUUUGAUACAUUUCAAAGCCUUGUACCUCGCACCGAAGAAUCUGACAGAACGCAGUUUGCAUCUGAGACUUGUACUCAAGCAGACGGCCGAACGAAUGGGCUUUUAUUUGAGGAGCAACAGUUCAGAAGGACUCGUCUGAGGCGGCUAUAAUUGAGGAUGAAUUUUUGAGAGACCUGCUGGGUAAGAGGGAUCCAAAUAGCGACUUAAGAUCUUCCAGAAAGCCAAAAAAGAGAGGGAAAUUCACAAUGGAUGGAUUUCCUUGGAUUUGUUGGCAGUGCUGAUCUGUUUCUCACUUUGUUGGUGCGAUUGGGUCUCUGAGGUUCUGGCUUAAGGAGAAACAAGCUUUUAAGGACUUCUGGUACAGGCCAGUUCCACGCUGGACCACACAAACUAUCUGCAGGAGGUUUGGAGAGCAUGGGGAAAUCAAACAGCAAGCUUAAACCAGAGGUGGUGGAGGAGCUAACCAGGAAAACCUACUUUACAGAGAAAGAAGUUCAGCAAUGGUACAAGGGCUUCAUAAAAGAUUGCCCGAGUGGUCAACUGGAUGCUGCAGGUUUCCAGAAGAUCUACAAGCAGUUCUUCCCCUUCGGCGACCCCACCAAGUUCGCCUCAUUUGUCUUCAAUGUUUUUGACGAGAACAAGGAUGGACGGAUUGAGUUCUCAGAAUUCAUUCAGGCCCUGUCUGUGACCUCACGUGGGACCUUGGAUGAAAAGCUCCGCUGGGCCUUCAAGCUUUAUGAUCUUGAUAACGAUGGCUAUAUCACACGAGAUGAAAUGCUCAAUAUCGUAGACGCCAUCUAUCAGAUGGUGGGAAACACAGUGGACCUUCCAGAAGAAGAAAACACGCCAGAGAAGAGAGUGGAUCGCAUUUUUGCCAUGAUGGAUAAGAAUGCUGAUGGGAAGCUGACCCUGCAGGAGUUCCAGGAGGGAUCAAAGGCAGAUCCAUCUAUUGUACAAGCUCUGUCACUCUAUGAUGGCCUUGUAUAGUAGCAGCCUGUCUU